AUGGACUCUGUUACCCAGCAGCACCUCGCCAAACUCCUGGAGUGGGCCAACAUCCACUCCAUCAACGACCUGGAUGCGGAUGCCGUGGACUAUCUCAAGUACGAGCUCGAGGGUCGUGUUCCCAUCACGCAGUUCCGCGUCCGUGACCAUGAAUACUUCAAGUGGCGCAAGGACCAUCCGGAUGUCGUCGAUGUGGAAUACGAUGCGCCCACUGCGCAUGUUGUUAUCAAAGCAAUGACCAGCGUCUUAUACGACACUGCUAUCAAUGUGUUCGAGAGAUGGUUCGACAAGUGGAGCGAGAAGAUCAAUGCGGAUGGCUCUUUUGGUCAUUACAACUGUAAGACUUUGGUCGAUCUCCAUCUCCUGGGUAAGUACGAAGAUAGCGAAAAGCAGGCUGAUGUUGGUCUCUGGAAGGUUGGUCACCGAUACCCCUCCGUAGUUGUCGAAGUGGGAAUUAACGAAACUUUGCGUGAAGAUGGCAAGCGCUGGCUCGAAGGCACCUGCGGUGAAACGAAGCGUGUGAUUCUCAUGAAUAUCACCGAGGAGAAGCGUCCUGGGUUGUCUGUCAAAGACCAGACCUGGGGAUUAAGCGCUCGGAAGCUCCGCACUAUCCAGCACGACGCUUUGGCCAUGGAGAUCUACAAUUACCACCAGAAGCACAACAUCCCACUGGUGGGUGAACGCUUCUUCUUCGACCUGGCGUCUCUCCGUCCGGGAGGUAGAAUCACGGACGCUGUUUUCAAGGCGCCGAUUCCGCAUCUCAAGGGGCAGGUGCCUGGUCGCAAGUCGAUGCAGAACAUUACCGUUGUUCUGUGCGACAAUGAGUGUGACUACACCAACCCAGACAAUCCAACCAGUGACUUGGAUCUCACGAGAUUGAUUUACGAACUGGAUACGGUUAUUUCAAUGGAAUUACCCAGGGAGCGCGCUAGCAAGAUGGCUUGGGACUAUAUCAUUCAACGCCUGAGUUAA